AGGAGCAGAUGAAGAGCGACCGCUUCAUUUCUGGAGGAGCUGAGCUGAGCGAGGAUUAACAUCAGGCAGCAUGCAGGAGUGAGGCGUGCAGAGCUCAAGCCAUGGGCUAGAGGAGCGCCAGCAUACAGGUGUGAGAGAUGAACUGGAGCUGAGCGGCGGAGUGUGUGUUCAGUCAUCAUGCUGAUUAAGGAGUACCGCAUCCCGAUGCCCCUGAGUGUGGAGGAGUACCGCAUCGCCCAGCUCUACAUGAUCCAGAAGAAGAGUCGUGAGGAGAGCGAGGGCGAGGGCAGCGGUGUGGAGAUCCUGGAGAACCGGCCCUACACCGAUGGCCCAGGCGGAUCCGGACAAUACACACGCAAGGUGUACCACAUCGGCCAGCACAUUCCCAGCUGGUUCCGCUCCAUCCUGCCCAAAGCAGCGCUGCGCGUGGAGGAGGAGUCCUGGAACGCAUACCCAUACACACGCACACGACACACGUGUCCAUUCGUGGAGAAGUUCUCCAUCGACAUCGAGACCUACUAUAAACCAGACACGGGCUCUCAGAACGACGUCUUCAACCUGUCUUCAGCUGAGAAGAGGCAGCGGGAUAUCGAUCCCAUCGAUAUCGUGAAAGAUUUCAUCGCCCCUCAUGAGUAUCUGGUGGAGGAGGACCCCAAGCUCUACAAGUCCUACAAGACGCAGCGCGGCCCGCUGUCUGACGACUGGAUCACCGAAAUCAACAACAACCCCGGGAAAACCCCCGUCAUGUGUGCGUACAAGCUGUGUAAAGUGGAGUUUCGGUACUGGGGGAUGCAGUCCAAGAUUGAGCGCUUCAUUCAUGACGUGGGUGAGUGAUUCCUGGGAUUCAGCCUGCUCUUAUAUA